AAUAAGUUCACAGUACCUCCUUCUAAGGGAGGUGAAGGAAACUGCAGCAGCAGUACUAUAGGCUAUUGUACAACAGGAUAAUACACACAUCUUCAAGAGACUCAGAGAAGAAACACCAAAGAGCUAAUUGAUCAUUAAUCAUGCCUGACAAGGAUAUGGAGCCAACAACAGAAUAUAACUAUUCCUCCUACUACGAUGAUACAGAAGGUUUAUAUAGUUCAGAGCCCUGCAACAAUGCCAAUGUGAAGGAGUUUGGACGGGUGUUUCUGCCUACACUCUACAGCCUGGUCUUCAUUGUGGGCUUCAUCGGUAACGGCCUGGUGGUCUGUGUCCUGGUGGUGUUUAAGAGGAUCAGAAGCAUGACAGACCUCUGUCUCUUCAACCUGGCUCUGUCUGACCUUUUCUUCAUCAUCUCCCUGCCUUUCUGGUCCCACUACGCCACCGCAGCCAAGUGGCUCCUGGGGGACUUUAUGUGCCGACUGGUAACCGGACUAUACAUGCUUGGGUUUUAUGGCAGCAUCUUCUUCAUGGUGAUCUUGACAGUGGAUCGCUAUGUGGUCAUAGUCCACGCUCACACCCUGGCCAGGCCCAGAUCAGUCAGAGUAGGGGUCACUCUGUCUCUGUUCAUGUGGGCUCUCAGUCUCUGUGCCUCUCUGCCUACAAUCAUCUUCACCAAAGUAAAUAAUGAGUCUGGGCUUACAACAUGUAAACCAGAGUAUCCAGACGGUAGCAUGUGGCGCCAGGUUUCUUAUUUAGAGAUGAAUGUCUUGGGUCUACUUCUCCCUCUCUCCGUCAUGGUGAUCUGCUAUUCCAGAAUCGUUCCGAUGUUAGUCAAUAUCAAAACCACCAAAAAGCACAAAGCCAUCAAACUGAUAAUCAUCAUAGUAGUGGUCUUUUUCUGCUUUUGGACCCCAUACAAUGUGGUCAUUCUCCUGCGUUAUCUGGAGACCCAGAGCUAUUUUGGGGACUGUACGACUCACACGAACAUAGAUCUGGCAAUGCAGUGGACAGAGGUGAUAGCGUUCACACACUGUUGUUUGAAUCCGAUCAUCUAUGCCUUUGCAGGGCAGAAAUUCAUGAGUCUUGUCCUGAAGUUACUAAGAAAAUGGAUGCCAAUGUGCUUCGCCAGGCCUUAUGUUAGUGGGUUGUCUGAAAGAAAUAUCUCAGUCUAUUCCAGGUCUUCUGAAAUAUCAUCUACAAGACUGCUGUAGUUUGACUUGUAUGCAGGCACACUUCGAAUAUAAAACUCUGAGAAGGGAAAAGACAGUAAAAGAUGUAAGGAAAAGGGGGAUUUCUUUGAAAGUGUGGCACUCAGUCACCCUAACUGUGAAUCUAUGCUUACAUUAGAUACUGUAGAUAUCAGUUGCUCUUUUGUAUCUUUACAUGCUCCAAUUCCUUUGUUGAUAGAUACCUUUAAAGAGUGUUAGUUGUGUCCUCAUGUGGUAUUGUGUGAAGUGCGAAAAAAAGUAAAGAAAUUGACAGUAUGUACAGUGCAUUCGGAAAGUAUUCAGACCCCUUCCCUUUUCCCAAAUGUUGUUACGUUACAGUCUUAUUCUAAA